AUGUGUCAAGGCGAUCCAUUCAAUUCAAGUGGAACGAUCGAUGCAGGAGGCGAGCCUCGAGGAUCCCAUACCUCUAGAGACGGGGACGGCUGCCUUGCAGGAGACGGCAAUGAUGGCGACAGCGACGAUGAUGACGGGAAAACAAGCAUGGAGCCGCAGACCUCCCUAGUGACCGACCUUGCAGGUGCGAAAAAGAAACAGAAGAAGUCAAAGAAAAAGAAGAAAAAGACAAUGUCUCCGCCUGUGUUGCAAUCAUCGCCACCGAGAGUCCUGUUGAGCGAUCUCUUCCCGUCGGGCAAAUAUCCCGAGGGUGAAAUCCAAAGCUAUACGAAAUCACAGACAGAUGCUAGACAAGCACGUGAACAAGCUCGUCGGCAGGUCCAGGAUGACGCUUUCCUCCGAGACUAUCGUCAUGCUGCAGAAGCCCACCGUCAGGCGCGACGAUGGGUACAGGACUGCGUCAAGCCAGGUCAUACUCUUCUCGAGAUUGCAAAUGGCAUUGAAGAUAGUGUACGAGCAUUGCUUGGCCAUGAUGGACUUAAUCCCGGAGACAGCCUUCAGGCAGGCAUGGGCUUUCCCACUGGGCUUUGCCUCAACAAUCAGACCGCACACUACACACCCAACCCAGGGCAAAAGGAUGUCGUAUUGCAACACCAAGAUGUCAUGAAAGUCGACUUCGGUGUUCACAUCAAUGGGUGGAUCAUCGACAGCGCAUUUACUAUGACAUUCGAUCCCACCUACGACAACCUCCUGGCAGCAGUCAAGGAUGCUACCAACUCGGGGAUCAAGGCGACAGGCAUUGAUGUGCGCAUUAGCGACGUCAGCGCCGCUAUCCAAGAAACAAUGGAAAGCUAUGAGGUUGAGAUCCGUGGCAAAACCUUCCCCGUCAAGCCAGUGCGCAAUAUCACGGCGCAUAAUAUCAAGCAGUGGCGCAUUCACGGCGGCAAAUCCAUUCCGUUUGUGAAGAAUUCCGAUCAGACGAAGAUGAACGAGGGCGAGGUCUUCGCUAUCGAGACAUUCGGUACGACAGGGCGAGGAAUCCUGCAUGAUGAUGUGGGUGUCUAUGGCUAUGGCUUGAAUCACAAUGCGCCAUUAAAGACAUCUCUGCCCCUGGUGUCCGCACAGCGGCUACACAAGACGAUCAGAGAGAAUUUUGGAACACUGGUUUUCUGCCGUCGAUACCUGGAUCGCCUUGGCCAGGACAAGUAUUUGGCUGGCGUGAGUACCAUGGAAAAGUUAUCUUUGCACACGGGUCUUGCUGAUGUUUGA